UAACGCUCAACACCGCAUUCAGUCUUUGAUUUUUGUCGAGUCUACAUUUGUGUCUGGAAGAAUAAUUUUCAUUCGAGAUGGCUCCCAAAGCAAGUGGCAAGUCGAUUAAGAAGGCUGGUAAAGCCCAGAAGAAUAUUUCAAAGUCAGACAAGAAAGUGAAGCGUAAGAAGAGGAAGGAAAGUUACGCUAUUUAUAUUUACAAAGUGCUAAAACAAGUGCAUCCCGAUACUGGAGUUUCCAGCAAGGCAAUGAAUAUCAUGAACAGUUUUGUUAAUGACAUCUUCGAGCGUAUUGCGUCAGAGUCCUCUCGUUUGGCGCAUUACAACAAGAGAUCAACAAUUACAUCACGGGAAAUUCAAACUGCCGUGAGACUUUUAUUACCUGGCGAACUUGCCAAGCACGCCGUCUCUGAAGGUACAAAAGCUGUGACAAAAUACACCAGCUCCAAGUAAAUCCAAAAAGAAAAUUUUUUGGAACGAAAAAUAACACAUCAAUCGGCCCUUUUCAGGGC